GUCCUCUUCAGCAUAGGGCAACAUGACCUCUUCAAGUAUUUUAACAUAUGCAAACUGAUCCAUGAUCCCUGGUAUGCGAUAAAUAGGCCCAACACCAUAGUAGGAGAAACAUGCCCAUAUCAUGAUGCUUGCACCUCCAUGCUUCACUGUCUUCACUGUGUACUGUGGCUUGAAUUCAGAGUUUGGGGGUCGUCUCACAAACUGCCUGUGGCCCUUGGACCCAAAAAGAACAAUUUUACUCUCAUCAGUCCACAAAAUGUUCCUCCAUUUCUCUUUAGGCCAGUUGAUGUGUUCUUUGGCAAAUUGUAACCUCUUCUGCACAUGCCUUUUUUUUAACAGAGGGACUUUGCGGGGGAUUCUUGAAAAUAGAUUAGCUUCACACAGACGUCUUCUAACUGUCACAGUACUUACAGACAGUAUAGAGGAGGAUUUUGAGCUUGCCACUGUGUGCUGCAGGCCGGAUAGUCUGGAAAAAAUUCUGGAACAGACCAAGUUCACCAAAACAGAGCUACAGAUCCUCUAUAGAGGUUUUAAAAACGAAUGUCCCACUGGAUUAGUGAAUGAAGAGACUUUAAAGUUAAUCUACUCUCAUUUUUUUCCCCAAGGAGAUUCUAGCGCAUACGCUCAUUUCCUGUUUGAGGCUUUUGACAGACACAAAAACGGAGCAGUUAAUUUUGAGGACUUUGUGGUUGGCCUGUCAAUCAUCUUGCGUGGCACCGUCACUGAUAGACUGUGUUGGGCCUUUAGUUUGUAUGAUCUCAACAAAGAUGGAUGCAUCACUAAAGAGGAGAUGAAUGAUAUUAUGCAGUCUAUUUAUGAUUUGAUGGGGAAGUACACAUAUCCGUGUAUGGAGGACAGCGCACCUAGAGAACAUGUCGAAAGUUUCUUCCAGAAAAUGGAUCGCAACAAUGAUGGCGUCGUCACAAUGGAGGAGUUCCUGGAGUCGUGUCAAAAGGAUGAGGCCAUCAUGGAGUCCAUGCAGAUGUUGGAUCACGUAAUUUAGCUCUGCAUGAUGAUCUUUGGCAAAUAUUUCUCAACAGCAGCAGUGUUUGAACUGUUGUGGCGUCUGCUGGAUGACUUCAUCUUACACCUACAAAAAAAAAGACUGACAGUGAACACCUAAAAGACUGACAGUGAACACCUGAACAGGUACAAUACGAGCAUGCCAUGCUAUUGUACACCCUGAGGAUGAAAUGACGUCUUUGAAGAUCAGCUGUUAUAUGCCACUGUCUUUGCAUUCUUUUUUUAUGUUAAUAUAAUUGAUAGAAAGAGAUAUAUUAAGCCAAUUCAACAAUAUUUUUUUUAUUUGUUCUGUUUUAAAUUUGUUUUGCCAAUUGUUUUCAAAUAA